UAGAAAUUUCAAGUGUUGAUGAGUCUUCCUGAUCACGGCCUGGCAUAUACAGUGACGAAAGUCGAGCUUACGCUAAAGAAGAAAGAUUUAUAAAAGAUUCCGUAGACUUCACACAACUGAGUUGGUAUGAUGGUGAAACCCAGUGAACUGCAAAAAGAGGAAACAUCGCCACCUCUGACUGCGCGUUCAGAUCAAUCCGACAUGAAGCAAAACGAGAAAAAUCCAACCCGAUUUCGUGAUGAAGAAAUCAUCGCUGGCUUCAAAUUCACGAUGCAGUAUUUGGGGUGCGGCGAAGGACUAGAAUUCGGCGGCAGUGAUCUUGAGAUAGCGAACGUGAUACAUGAUAUCCACGCGUUGUAUUCGGAGAGAAAUGCAAAGCUCAGCAAAGCACGAACUGUUGUCGUGUUUGUGGACGCGGAAAAGAUCAACGUUUUUAACGAAGAUGAAGACGAAAUUUUGCUAACGUUCCCUUUGGCCUACGUGAAGGACGUGACGACGUGUUUGGAUCAAGCACCUUAUUCCAAGACGAGCGUGCUGGUUGCAAGGGAGUAUAAUGAGCCUUUGUACAAACCGUUCGUCUUCUACAGCAAGAGUACAGCGCGGACCGCUGAAUUUUACCAUUUCACGACGAGCGCUUUUCAACUCGGCUUCAAAAGGAUGGAAAACGAUAGUUUGGACUCUGGAUCGACCGCGGACGAGAUUGGCGAGUCUUCAUCGUCCAGUACGAGUUCCACACCGAGUGUGAGUUUGCGGAAAUCAAACGCUACGAAAAUCGGUCGGCCGAAAGGAAACCCGUACGACGAGGAGGACGGCGAUUUCGAUUCGGUACACGAGUUUGGAAAGAGCUCUCCUGAGUCGCGAAGACUUUUGAACGCCCACGACGAAUGCCUACAAAUGAAAAAAAAAUCUAAGGCCGCGAAAAGUUUUUCGGAAAGUCGACAAUCGAUCACCGUACGACUUUCGAACAACAACGGGAACGCAAAACAUGGAGUGAAAUUCAACUUGAAUAUUGGCGAUCAAAACAAUAACGAUAACGCUUUCGUAGACACGGUCGGCGACUCCUCGAGAUUGUUCGUUCCGAAUUGGUUCAGGAAUUCGUACAGGAAAUUUCGAAAAAUGUCAAAUCAACGAGCGAGCCGCGAAACACCCGAAGACGUUUGAUUCUAUCUCGUCAAAUCCAAGAUUGCAUGUUUUUGUAACAAAAUACGUCUCUUGGCAUAAUAAUGUAGAUCUGAUUUUGCUUGCCUGAUUAUAAUAUUAUGUCAUCUAGACAUUUUCAUCUGAUUUAUGAGUUGGAUUAAACGCAUGUCAAAACAGAAAUAUUGACUAGAUAAUUUCAUAAUUUUGAAGUAGAUUAUUUCGUAAUUUUUCGACCAAAUAAUUUUGGAUUCGUGCAUUUUUUCAUCAUUCUUUAAAACCGCAAACCACAACGGUCAAAUGAUUAGACUACCGCGGUCAAAUUUUCAAGCUUAAAUUUGUGCUGCAUGAGUGCAGUAUAUUUAUUUUUCUCAAAGUACUAAUCAUUUGUCAGGAUUCAGCGUUGCAUGGUGUUUCCGAAUCAAAUCCUCGAAACGAAUCUGGAAGCUUUAAAAAAUGCAAUAAUUCCGUAUCUCUGACGUCUAACUUGGUAUGGUUUAUGCCUGAAGUUAUAAAAAAAACAAUGAAAAUGAAUACUUUUUGCUGAAUUCGUGCCUGUGGUAACAAGUCAUGCGUCCACUGCGUCGAAUCUAAAUAUUUUGAGUGGAUUUAAAUGUUGAUUAAUUCGUUAAAACACUACUUCAGGUAGAUGGUCUGCAUUCGUAAUGCAGCAAUAUAUAUCUUUUCAUUUUGAAGUAGAAUAAGGGUGACAUUGAACUCUUUAAGUUUUUUAAAUCAGUUAUUGGAUGAUUAUAGUUCUUGAAAGUUAAAAAACACACAGAGAAAUUGGGACUAAUUUCCAGCGUCAUAAUUGUCAUAUUAACAAUAUCGGACUCCAAUCCUGAAUAACUCAACAGCUGCAGCCGCAGGCAAAAUAUCGAAGAAUCGAACUAGAUCAAACUGCCAUUAGUUGAGACUUGAGAUCCAGUUUUAAAGCACUGAUGCAAUUCUCGUUUGGAAUAUCGUUAAAGUCAGAAGAAAAUCGAGUUGAACUUGCAUUUAGUAACCUUUGAUAAUAUUAUGUACAAGAGGACAGUCCAUACGAAUUU